AUAUUAAAAAAUGUUAUAAAAAUAGUAUAACUCUAACUUUUAUCCCUUCCCUGGUGAUUUAGAAGAGUAAAAAGAUUUCUUGCUCACAUAGCAGCAUGUGAGUCUUUUGCUAGGCCUUUCUUAUAUAUACACAACAUCGUAGUAAUAGUAAUACACACCAAGGAACUAGUGAUUACGUAAAGAAGUGAGGACAUGGCAAAGAAAGAGGAUGGAAUCAGAGAGCCACUGGUGGAGGGACUGGAGAACCAGCUUGUCCAUGCAAGCAAAGGGCAUCCAUGGAUGGUUUACUUCACUACAUUUGUCGCAGUCUGUGGUUCUUAUGAGUUUGGAACUUGUGCUGGAUAUUCGUCUCCCACUCAAGAUGCUAUUAGGAAGGAUCUCAAUUUAUCUUUGGCGGAGUACUCCUUGUUUGGCUCCAUCUUGACUUUUGGUGCAAUGAUUGGGGCAAUAACAAGUGGGCCUAUUGCUGAUUUUAUUGGACGAAAAGGGGCAAUGAGAGUGUCAAGUGCUUUCUGUGUCGCAGGGUGGCUUGUUAUAUACUUUUCUGAGGGUCCAGUGCCUUUGGACAUUGGGAGACUAGCAACAGGAUAUGGAAUGGGAGUUUUUUCAUAUGUGGUUCCUGUCUUUGUAGCAGAAAUUGCACCUAAAGAACUCCGGGGGGCACUGACUACCUUAAAUCAGUUUAUGAUUGUUGCUGCAGUGUCGGUGUCAUUCGUAAUUGGAAAUGUACUUUCAUGGAGGGCUUUAGCUUUAACUGGCCUCAUUCCCACUUCUGUAUUGCUUUUGGGUCUGUUUUUUAUUCCAGAGUCUCCUAGAUGGCUGGCAAAGAGAGGGCGUCAUAAAGAUUUUGAGGCAGCACUUCAGGUACUUCGUGGCAAAGAUGCUGAUAUAUCUGAAGAGGCAGAGGAAAUUCAGGAUUAUAUAACUUCUUUAGAACGGCUCCCAAAAUCCAAGCUGCUGGAAUUGUUUCAAAGAAGAUAUUUGCGCUCAGUCACUAUUGGAAUAGGACUUAUGGUCUGCCAGCAAUUUGGGGGUAUCAAUGGAAUUUGCUUUUAUACCAGCAGUAUUUUUGAGCUAGCAGGAUUUUCUCCCACCAUCGGGACUAUAAUAUAUGCUUGCCUUCAGAUUGUGAUCACAGGUAUUGGAGCAGCCUUCAUAGAUAAAGCAGGCAGGAAGCCCCUACUAUUGGUAGAUUCAAAUCACAAAACAUUAUCUGGAUCAGGAUUGGUCGCCGGAUGUAUAUUUGCAGCAGUUGCAUUCUAUCUCAAGGUUCACGAGGUGGGUUUGGCGGCUGUCCCAGGGCUCGUUUUAACAGGCAUACUGGUCUACAUUGGAUCAUUUUCAAUAGGAAUGGGAGCAAUUCCAUGGGUUGUAAUGUCUGAGAUAUUUCCUGUCAAUAUUAAAGGGCUGGCAGGAAGCAUGGCCACAUUAGUGAACUGGUUUGGAGCAUGGCUAUGUUCUUAUACUUUCAACUUUCUCAUGAGCUGGAACCCUUCCGGUACCUUCAUUCUUUAUGCUGCAAUCAAUGCACUAGCUAUAUUAUUUAUAGUUGUAGUGGUGCCAGAAACCAAGGGUAAAAGCCUGGAACAAUUACAAGCAGCCAUUAACUCGUAGGAAGCUGGAGUUUUGUAAUUUGCAGUGUCUGGUGGGGAAAAAAAAAUGCAGUUUGAUGAUUUAAUCACUAGCCAUAUUAUUUAUUGUUGCUUUGCUUCUGUAUUAAUGAUUAAAUUCGUUCUCAAGUUUUACAGUUCACACUGGUUGUCUUAAUGUCAAUGAUUCGUGAAAUAAACUCCAAGGCAGCAAUGUAGAAUCUGCAGUUGCACUUUAUCUCCAAUAAAAGAGAGAGGA